UCCACACCCGGCUUCCCUGAGGAUGACCACCAUCCCAUCCAGACUUGCUCGUGCCGCCCACAUCUCCUCGAGCCCCCAGGAGGCCCGCAGCCGCGUUCUCAAGCUCUACCGCGACUGGUACCGCGGUGCACCCGAAAUCGUCACGCUAUAUGCCCUCAAUGUCUCGCCCGCGUACGUCCGGCACUGCAUCCGCCAACACUUUGAGCAGAACCGCUAUAUCACCGAUACCCGCGUCAUCAACGUCCUCGUCCAGAAAGGUCAGCAGGAAUUUCAGGAGACCAUGAACUGCUGGAAGCAGCUCGACCACAUCAUGGGCAUCUUGCUCCAACCUAGAAGUCGGCCUCCACGCACCUUCCUCCAGAAGUUCUACGAAGGAAGGGACGAGGACGCUGUACUGCCUGCUGCUACGGGCAUCCUCAAUCCCAAGACUGUAUGAUACGAAGCCUAGAAUGCGCAUGGAUGUCGCCUUGGUUGAUCUGCCUCAGACAUUCGCUUUGCCAUGGCACAUCUUGAGCUCUAGCUUCAGCAUAGCUCGACUGCACUAUGUGGAUAGGUGAGCGCCGCAACGGCGUAUACUACAGAACAAAAUCCCUAUGUUACACGGCCUAUGUCCUCCCUCAUGGCUAGCAAGUGGCAUGUUCCUGGGGCCCGAAAACAACACGUCGGAGCAGUCAAGACAGGAAGUCUAUCGGAUCCCGGUCGCUGUCUUCGUCGUUGUCUGGGGGCGGCUGGAACAUUGACAACCGUGG